AUAUUAAAAGCGUGUGUGUAUAUCAUUUAUAAAGAGAAAGAAAAUAAAAUAAAGUCUAACAGAGCAAGAUCUUUGGUUAGACACCAAAGGAAAUAUGAUAAUAUAUAGAAAAUUUAAUUUAAAAAACAUCGAAUAAGCCAACAAAUGGCACUUAAUUGCCUUUUAAAAGUGAAAACAUACGCCAUCAAUCAUAGCCACCCAUAAAUGGUACUAAAAUAGCCAUCAAUCAAAGCCACGAUUAACAUUCAAACUAAUUAAAAGAGAUUUAUGACAUUUUUAAAUAACUUCAAAUUAUUUCCACUUAUACAAAAAGUGAUAACAUCAAUGUAAUAAAGAAGAAAUUCUAAUUGAAAAAAACUAAAGAAUUUAUACCAAAUCCUUGAAAUUCUAAACAAGACAUCUAUUAAUAUAUAAUAUAACAAUUACUAAAAAAGAAGGAAAAUUUUAAAAUUCAAAAUAUUAAUAAUUAAUGAGUCAAUCACUAUCUAAGAACAUAUCAUAUUAUACAAUUUGCCUUUACUACAAUCGAACUAAUUUAUCAAUUUAAAUGUAGACAAUUAAAAGAAACGAAAAAUUAAAUACAAUUUUAUAAAAUUGAAAACAUAAUCAUGCCUAAAUUUUAGUCAAUAAUAUCACCACCGCAUACGCCAUGGAACCACACCACUUAACCGUUAUCACUUAUCACAUAUCUCGUAAUAUACAACAUAUUAACGUCUAAAACAAAAACCUAGCUCUAGGCACGGUCAUAUAUUAAAAGAUCAUUGUUACGCUAACAAAUAACAAAAUGCAAUGAGUUUAUUAAAGAAAAUAGUGAUAUUAAAAUUCCGCUGUAUAUCUAAAUUACAACGGAUCACAUAUAUAAACAAGUAGGAUUAUGAAUUAGAAAAAAUACACCUUAGUUUUUGUGGAGUAUAUUCACACAAAAUGAUUUUUCAUCGAAUUUGAUGUUUCAAUCGAAUAUUUUUGGUCCAUUACCUCAAUAUCUGGCUAUUUCCUCAAUAUAGUUGGUCCGGGUGACGACACAAGUCAAUUACACUCAUAAAUAAGCUCAGUAAAUGAAUUUCCAAAAGUGGAUCUGUAAUUAUGUUAAUUUACAGAUCAUAGGCUUCGUAAAAGAUCCAUGAGUCCAUAAGCAUUAUCCAGAGGCCUCAAACAUUGUGAUGCCAAUCAAGCCCACAUUGAAAGAUUAAUAUCAGGGCAAAGUUGGACGGACAUGUGUCAUCAUAUGAUACGAUCUCAACCCGUCACCUCCACCCCUCUAUAUAUUUUACAUAUUGCUUUCCUACGGGCUACAGUCCAUUCUCUUUACAUAAAUUUUACAGGGGCCUCCGCUGGGUCAUUUGUGGUGAACAAGAUCGACACUACUAGUUGUUUCGGUGAGUUCAGUCACUCUCAGAUCUCCAACAGGAACAGUACUUGUCUAAAAGCAGCACUAGGGAGCCUCAAGUUAUUUCCAGUCAGGCUUAAGAGCUUUGGAAGUAUCCCAGCGGGAUGGAAGUGGAUUGGAGACCUAACCUUGGUGGGAUGGAAAAGGCAUUUAGCAUGAAUGUGAUGAUGCUGAUUGUUAAAUAUUUUGCGGGAUUCUCGAUAACACACUGGAGUUCUGCACCAGCUACAAAACAAAAAAGAAAACGAAAAGAGAUCUGCAGCAGAUCGAGUGACAGAGUUUGCGGAGCAUGGGAUAGUCUUCCUGAUGAACUCCUCCUUUCAGUUCUAAUGAAAUUGAAUAUUAUCGACUACCUUGCCUUCAGUGGUGUGUGUAGAUCCUGGAGGUCAGUGUCUACCGAUAUUCGCAAAAGUUUUAUGGAGCAUCUGCAACCCCUAGUUCUAGCAAGACCAAGAUAUUCAAAAAAAGCUUGUGUGCUAUAUAAUAUUUUUGACUGGAAAAGUUGCAAGUCAAUGUUUCCGAAUAUGCCUCGCAAAAGCUUAUGGGGUUUAUCAAGUGGUUACUUGAUCACAUAUGACAAGAACAUGGGGUUUUGGCUUGUGAACUUAAUGACAAGACAUGAGCUGCAUUAUCCUGUUCUGCCCGAGAGCAGCUAUAGCAUCUCUGACUUCACUGCUUGUGCUGUUCUCUUGCGAUCGACUCGGCUUUCCAGAAUUUUCAUGAUUAUUUUCUCUGAGAAGCAUGAUUUUUUACUGAUGUCUGAAAGUGGCUCUAGCAGUUGGCAUGAAUAUCUUUUACCAAACACCAGUUCUGGGAUUGCUGAUGUAAAGAUUUUGGAUGGCAAAAUAUUUGUUCUAACCUGUGAUGCACAUUUUGGAGAAUUUAAUCCGAGGGCAGAUCCUGUUUUGAAGCUCUACAACUGUAACUUUCCUAUUCCACUUCCAUCACGUUCGAUUUUGCAGUUAGUGACUUCAGACAACAAGAUCUACAUGGUUAUAUCUCAACAUCCUUAUCCACGUGUGACUAUGUUGGUCCUAUAUCUUUCCUUGUACGAACUUGACUACAGUAUGGAAUCUGUAAAACAGAUUCAUGACUUGGGUUCAAAAUCUUUGUUCCUGAGUGUAUUUAAUUCUGCCCUGGUUGACACAACUGGUUGGGGAGCGGGCAACUGUGUAUGCGUUCUUCAAAAUACACUCGGAAAAUGUACAUUCUUUCACUUGGAUGGACAACGGAUAGCAACGGUUCCUGCUGUUUUGGAUGAUUAUUUGAGACUAUAUUUCUGGUUUUUUCCUGGUGAAAGCUGGGACAUCAGUCGUGUUGGUGAUGAAUUUGGCACUUGAUCACUUCUACUUCUGACAUCUGUUUCGCUGGCCAAAUCUUUUGUUUUACUUUCAUCUUACAUUCAGAGUAUUUGUUUUCUUUCAUGAAUCCUUUCACUCAGACUAUAUAGUUAUAUUGUGAUGUGAAUUUAGUAGUAUGUAGGCCAAGCUUUUAUGGUUUUUUAAUUUAGUAUUCAAGAGGUUUGACAUUUUAGUAAAAUCA